UUGAAUUUUAGGGGGUUUCAUUCUCAUUAAAUGCUCGCCAUGUUAUAUGUUUUGUAAAAUUAGCGCUGGAUAGCACAAGACAGACAGUUGUUACAGCCUCAGGUUAAUCGAGACAUGAUGACAUAAUCCCUCUUUUAGCCUGUUAGCAGCUAACGUAGUAGGAUAACAUCCUACAUACACCGGGCUAACAUGAGUCUGAUGAUGACGGGAUAUUGUUAUUCUUUGUGAGCAUCAUCGUUACAAACCCGAAGUAUUCAUCAAUGUAAACAUUUAACUUAUUUAAUGCACCUCGAGUGUGCAACUGGAUGACAUUAUCAUCAUGCCAUCAGCUAAAGUGCUGAAAAAUGCUCAGUAUAUUGAACUGGGCAGUUACCAGUAUUGGCCAGUUCUGGUGCCCAGAGGAAUCCGCCUGUACACUUAUGAACAGGUGCCUGGAUUUCUAAAGGAAAAUCCUUACAUCACUGAUGGUUACAGAGCCUAUCUGACAUCUAGACUGUGCAUUAAAAGCCUUUUCAUACUUUCAAAUGAGAGUGUAAACAUCUGGAGUCACCUGCUGGGAUUCUGCUUGUUCUUCAUACUGGGAGUUUAUGAUUUGCUGGCUGUUCUGCCUGUGUUAGGAGCGUCCAGGGAGGACUAUGUUAUUUUUUCGAUAUGUCUCUUCUGCUUCCAGGUGUGCAUGCUGUGUUCAGUGGGAUAUCACCUGUUCUGCUGUCACCGCUCCGAAAAAACUAGCCGCCGCUGGAUGGCAUUGGACUAUGCUGGAAUCUCGAUCGGAAUAAUAGGCUGCUACGUUCCAGGAGUGUUCUACGCCUUCUACUGCAAUAACUAUUGGCGGCAGGUGUACCUGGUAACUGUUCUGGCUAUGAUGCUGGCAGUGUUCUUCGCCCAGAUACACCCUCACUACUUGACCAAGAAGUGGCAGCAGCUACGUUCUGUUAUAUUCUGUGCUGUCGCAGGAUACGGCCUAAUCCCCACCUUUCAUUGGAUCUGGCUCAGCGGGGGUUUCAGCACAGACGUAGUACAGGAAUUUGUUUCCAGAGUGCUGAUAAUGUACAUACUUGCCGUAGCUGCUAUCGUCUUCUAUACAUUCAAAGUUCCAGAGCGAUAUUUUCCAGGUCAGCUGAACUACCUGGGCUCCAGCCAUCAGGUCUGGCACAUGUUGGUGGUGCUCAUGUUCUACUGGUGGCAUCAGUCUGCACUUUCCAUAACCAACUUCCGUCACUCUCAUCCUUGCCCGGAUCACCCUCAUCAUUCUUAGAGUAACCGGGUAAUGUCACUACUGAGGACCGUUGUUUACUGCUUUAAAUUAUAUUAAAGCUUUAACACAUUCAGUGUUUAUAUGCUAGCGAGGUGUAUGCAUUUUUUAUAGACUUUUUAUUAAGGCUGUCAAUCGAAAAUUUUUUAUCAGAUUAAUCAUACCCUUUUUGUUUGAUUAAUUGAAUUCUUAUGAAAAUCAAAAAUAUACAGUUUUUGGUUAAAAUAUUUUUUUUACUUUAUGCCACAAUGUAAACCACCAGACUGAACAAAUUCUGUCACUUUGUGCAUUCAAUGGUAAACAAAUACAUCAAUGUAGUGCAUUUUAACAGUAAAAAUAAGGAAUUUGAUGUUUUUGUAAACCGUUUUGUGCUCUCGUAGAAAAAGCUGGUUUCAUAUAUGAAUGGUGAUAAUAGGGCACACAAGCCACAUAAACAAGAUAUGGUACAUGAGAUUUACCAUUGGUCAAAAGAUGUAGAAUGUUUAUAGAAUAAUUUGUGGAGGCAUUUAAUAUUGAUUAUUAUUUAAUGCGUUAAUGCUGACAGCCAUAUUUUUUAUAUAUUUUGCAUAAGUGCCUAGAAAAUAAAGCACUUGAUAUGGUUGAGCAGUUUUAGGCUUUUCACAUUUAAGGUAAAACACCAUUUUGUAGCAUCUGCCAGGGGAUGAUUUUCUUAAGAGGAAAAGUGCAAAAAUGUACUUGUGUGUUUGAUGGUGUUUAAUGGGGUUACAUGCAGUAUUUAUCAGUAAUGUGGGGGUAAAAUAGUUUGUUAAAUAAUAGUUAUGUAUUCAGUAUUGUUUGUUCUAUACAAUUUUAGAUCUUUUUGUAUUUGCACCCAGAAUGCAGCUCUACUCAUAAGUGGUACCACAUUGCAAUUUUUGGAAAGAUGUUUUUUAUUUUCAAUAAACAUAUGUACACUACAUUACAUUAGGACUCAUUGUCAACAAAGAAUAAACCAAAGAGGUUUGGUAGGGCUUGUUCGAGACUGAUAAAAGAAAAGUUUUUUUAGGUCGCUGCAUUUUGUAAAUAUGUAAUAGUUGUAUGUAGGCAGAUGUCUUGUUGAUAUUUUUCGCUGUUAGCUUUCCUUGUUUUACAACUACUUACAAUGAAAAUUAAGUUUUAGACACAUUUUACAUUAUGUUUUUGUUGCAUAAUGUUUAUGGGGAUGUGUUUCUUAUUUAUUACUCAUUUUUCUUUUUAACAACAUAGCACAUGUGUAAAUUUCUUUUUAAUAAUGGUGAGUUGAUAUGUGAAGCUUGUCUCUUGUGAGCCAUAACUGAAUCAUGACUAUGUACGUUAAAUAUUUUUACUGCAUAUUUUGGUAUACAUCUCCACAUAAAAAGACACAUUUUUGACAACUGAA